ACAAAAUUAAUCCAAAUAUCAACAUAAAUGGCCACUCCCAACACCCAUAUGCUACUGCUUUUCAUCUCUCACUUGUCUUCCCGCAAACGCCUGUCUUCUCUAUCCACACGGCUUCGCUUCUUCUGGAUAUGGCAGGGAAGCUAAUGCACGCUCUUCAAUAUGAUAAGUAUGGUGGAGGAGCCGAUGGUUUGAAGUUGCAGCAUGUUGAAGUUCCAGUCCCAACUCCACGGAAGGAUGAAAUUUUGCUGAAGUUAGAAGCACUAAGUAUAAAUCCAAUUGAUUGGAAAAUUCAAAAGGGUUUGUUGCGGCCUCUUUUGCCUCGUAAAUUCCCUCAUAUUCCAGCAACAGGUACUGAUGUGGCGGGAGAAGUUUUGGAGGUUGGACCUGGAGUAAAAAAUUUCAAAGUUGGUGAUAAAGUUGUGGCUAAGAUUAGCCAUUUUGUUGGAGGUGGACUAGCCGAGUUUGCAGUGGUUAAGGAGAACUUGACAGUUGCAAGGCCACCUGAAGUUUCAGCAGCAGAAGGGGCGUCCUUACCAGUUGCUGGGCUUACAGCCCAUCAGGCUCUCACUCAGCCUGCUGGGAUCAAGCUUGACGGCAGCGGCAAGCAGGCAAACAUUCUGAUAACUGCCGCCUCAGGUGGAGUGGGUCACAUUGCAGUUCAGCUAGCAAAGCUCGGAAACACACAUGUGACAGCCACUUGUGGAGCCCGUAACAUUGAGUUUGUAAAGAGUUUAGGGGCUGAUGAGGUUAUUGAUUACAGGACUCCUGAAGGGGCAGCUCUGAAGAGCCCAUCUGGACGGAAGUAUGAUGCAGUGAUCCAUUGCGCCACUGGGAUUCCUUGGAGUACUUUUGAGCCUAAUUUGAGUGAAAAGGGGAAGGUGAUAGACAUCACUCCUGGCCCUAGUACCUUGCUGACGUUUGCUCUGAAGAAAGUUACCUUUUCGAAGAAGCAGCUGAUACCGCUGCUUUUGUUUCCCAAGGUUGACAACCUGGAGUAUCUUGUUAAACUGGUGAAGGAAGGGAAGCUUAAGAUAGUUAUAGACUCGCAGCAUCCGUUGAGCAAGGCUGAAGAAGCUUGGGCUAGGAGUAUAAGCGGCCGUGCCACUGGGAAGAUCAUUGUGGAGCCUUAGAUAAAAGUAUUGUCCUGGAAUUGUUAAAAAUGUCACUACUAUACGUGUUGUGCAUCUGGGCCGUGCAGAUUCAAGGACAUGGAUCUGUGGCUUUUAUGUUUUUCUCUUCAUUUUGUGUGUGUGUGUGUGUAAAUGAUGGAUAAUGGUUGUAAUUUGUCUUCAGACUCUGCUUGUUUGUUUUCAUGGCUUUGGUUGUACUUCAAAGGACAUGGUAUUUGAUUGGAUGGAAUCAAGCAUGAUGGGAGAAAUUAGUUUUUUCA